CUCACAGGUAACGCGGGCCUCGAGUACCUCGCGCAACUGUCCCGCGGCUCCGUCGUGUGCGCGUGUGCAAUUUCUCUUUAUGAUUGGAGAUUUGUUUGGAGGGGGGUUGGUGAAUAUUUUUUGGUUGGUGAUGUGGGAUUAAUUGUUAUUGCUGUUUGAGAAUUUUGUUUGUUGUUGAUCGGUUCGUGACUGCUUGCUGACUGAGUACUUACUCAUUGUUGAUCGUGAAAGCAGUGAAUUAUAAAAAUUCCAAAUAAAAAAUGACGUCCAAUUUUUCUUGAAAUUCCAGCGAUGGAACACGGGGUGAGAAUUCCAUCACGUACCGUGAAAAACUGGCGGACGUGACGAGAAAAAAAAUUCUAUGUAUUUAUUUCGGGUAAAAAAAAAAAACAGUGCACCACUGGAAGAUGGGCUGAGGGCCCAAAAGUACUUAAAAAAAAAAUAGCUGAAUAAUUUUGAUAGUUCAGUGAUGGAAAUGUGAUUGAGACGGUGAAUGAGAGAUGACAGUUUGUGAUUCAGUGGAUGUGGUGAUUUAUUUGAAUAACGCGGGGGUGUGCCUGGAAUAUUUGGAUAAAGAGGUUGGACAAUGGAUGUUUUUAAAAUUGAUCAGUCGUUAACGGCUGGACUAGGAAGCGCACCGGCACCAGACACACUCACACCGGAUGUGUCGUUUGAUGCCGGAAGUGAAUUCAAUCUUAGUUUCUUCGAUGGUCCAGAGGAUAGUACUCAGGGCUUCAGUGAUCCUGGCUCGGUUGGUAGUGCUAGUGCAUCACCACCACCUGGUACACCAGGAAGUUUAACCGUUACACCUUCAAAUGCCAAUUUGCCACUAGUGCAGGUACCCUCCGGUAUCGUCAUUAAGCAAGAGCAACAUUACGCAGCAGCAGACUCGAACAGUUCGACUCCAGCAAAGAGUUUUGUACCUUGUAAGGUGUGCGGUGACAAGGCAAGCGGUUUUCAUUACGGUGUUACCAGCUGUGAGGGCUGCAAGGGCUUUUUUCGACGAAGCAUUCAGAAACAGAUAGAGUACAGGUGUUUGCGGGACGGCAAGUGUCAAGUGAUAAGAUUGAACCGGAAUCGCUGUCAAUAUUGCCGAUUCAGAAAGUGCCUAGCUGUUGGCAUGUCACGUGACUCUGUGCGGUACGGGCGUGUGCCAAAGCGUUCGCGAGAACGUGGUCCCGAGGACACAGUGGCCACAACGUCACCAACAACGACAACAACAACAGCCACUGGUGGAAAUCAACAAAUAUCAUCGGCUGUUAAUAACAACAACCAUAAUAAUAUCAAUAACAAUAAUAAUACAACAGCUAGCAACAAUAAUGUGACAAAUAAUGGGAGUACUAAUAGUAAUCAGCCACAAAGUGUGAUACCCCGGGUGCCAUCGGCAACAGUUGUCGAGGCAGAUCAGUCCGAUGGUGACAGCAAGCAAUUGGCAGUUUACGAUGUCAUUCUCCAGGUGUCACAGGCCCAUCACGCACACUGUGGCUUCACCGAUGAGUCAACGAGGGGCCUCAUCAAGAAGCCAAUGAUUAUGCCACCAGCGAGCCCGGAAGACCCGGAGGCAGCUUCAUCCACAGCUGAGGCAGUUGAGUCCCAGAGGAUUUGGCUGUGGCAGCAAUUUGCCACUCGUGUCACACCCUCGGUGCAGAGAGUCGUUGAAUUUGCAAAGAGAGUACCUGGUUUCUGUGAAUUGACUCAGGACGAUCAACUGAUACUCAUCAAGGUUGGAUUCUUCGAGGUGUGGCUAUGUCACAUCUCCAAGAUGACGAAUGAUAGUUCGAUGACGUUUGAGGAUGGAACGUACAUCACUAAACAUCAGAUUGAACUGAUGUAUGAGCCUGAGUUCGUAGCAGCCCUGAUGCAAUUCACAUCAGCCCUGAAUGCUCACCAGCUGUCAGAUGCUGAGUUGGGCCUCUUCUCAGGUGCUGUACUUCUUAGUGAAAGGGCUGGACUAAAUGAUGUCAAGGCAGUCCAGAGGCUUCAGGAUCGUCUCCUCGAGGCCCUGAGGAUUCAGGGCGGUAGGAAUCACUCGUCGGAUAUUUCGGCUGUCGGUUGUCCUGGGGUCAUUGGUAUUGCCCAGAGGAUACCUGAGUUGAGGGCACUGGGCUCGAGACACGCUAAUCUUCUCGAUUGGUUCAGGAGAAACUGGACAAAGCUCAAAUUACCCCCCCUCUUCGCUGAGAUAUUUGACAUUCCCAAGUGUGAGGAGGACUUGCAAUGAACCGGUACUUGGAAAAAUUCACGAGGCCUGAAACGUCCUGAUCGCGGACUGCAAGCGAGAUAAAGAACAUAAAACAUAUCUGAGUUGGAACUGGAUCCGUUCAAACCCUAAAUAAUAAAGUUCUUGCCCGCACAAAAGUGAUAACCGAAAGAGAUAACAUGAAAAUACUCACCCCAAUACUCGAUACUUCUCCGAUAAUCGAUGAAAGAAAAAUAUAUAAUAAAAAUGAUCGAGGUGAUUGAUGAGUUCAGUACCUAUAUACUCGAUUUAAAGUAAGUAGACAGAGUAACAACGCUAGAUUAAUUAUUAUUCGAACAAGCGUUGAUACAAUUUAAGGAAUUCAAAUCUCUUCGUCGGCGUGACUCCUUAGGUGCAUGCGCUAAUCUCUGCAAUCUAUUUUUAUUACUUGAAUCUAGGGUAGUAAAAUCAAUUGAAAUGAAUUUAUCUCUAGCCAAUUUUCAGGAGGUGUGGGAGGAUAAAUAAGAGCGAGGGAAUUGCAUAACUUGAGUGAGUUUUGGGAUUAUUUUUCAAUUCCAUCUGAACGUGCUCAUGAUAAUUAGAUUGAAAAUGAUAAUUGUUGAAAUUACGAUAAGAUUAAUUUGCUCAGAAUUUGCACAAUCAUCAUAUCAUUAUUUAAGAUGUGUUUAUUCCAUUAUUUGGGGAAUUAGCCGAGAGAUUCUUCGAUUUUUCUUUUCAUUUCCUGGGUAACGAUUGAAAGUCUGUUGUCAGGUGGAGGAUUUGACGAGAUAUUAAUUGAAAUUAAUAAUAAUUGCAAUUUUACUUUGAAUAUAUUGGAGAGGAGAUUCUCCACGUGACAAUCACGACGACGAAAGCUAAUCUGUACUUAAUUAAACGGUAAAAGCACUCUAUAUAUAUAAAAGAAAAGAUAUAUGUACAUUCAUGAUAUUAAGGAAUUUUGAAUUUUAAGCGCUCACAUCAAGUUGUGAAUUAACAUAUCAUACAUUACUAAUAUAUUGAAGAAAAAAAAAUGAUAAAAACUUGAAUAUAAUUAAUAUAUAGAGAGCAAAAUAUAUCGAAGCGAAGGAACAAUGACGAACCAUUGGGACUGGACUGUUGCAAUUUUUUGAGAUUAAACUCUCAAUUUAAUAAAUCGAGUAAAAAUAAACGAACGAAUAAAAAAAUCUAGAUUAAUAAAUCAGUCAACAGUGCAGAUCCCUUCAAAAUUUUCUAGUCCAACCGAUGAUUUCUUUUUUUUUUUAUCAAUUCGAAAACUCGCGAGAGAAUCACAUUGAAACGGCCAAAUACUUCGUUAAUAUUAAGGUACACUAAGGGGUGAAAUUGGUGGACGAUGAAAAUUCCCUUCAUCUUCGCUAUAAUUUCAGCAAUUAAGGACAUGAGAGAGAUUUAAAAAAAAAAUGGUGCUAUCCUCGUUUGUAUUCCUUGGAAGCCAAAAUUCAUUUCCAACCGUGGAAAUGCGCACAAAUCGUUCUUUCAAUGAUAAAUAAUCAGCUGUUCAUCAGUUCAACGCGACAAAGACAAUUCAUGAGACCGGGUGCGAGGGGGUGGUUAACCAGGAAGUGUUAAAAUGUAUAUAUAACGAUAAUUAUGUACUAGAUGAUAUACUAUGACUGCUCUAUACUGCUGAAGUACAAAUGUUUUCAUUUAAUUACGUUAUACAUAAAUUUGUUUCUUCAUUUUUUAAAAUAUCAGUACUCUACGCAUUUUUUUCUAUAUUUAUUAUUAUUAUUAAUGUUAUGGGUGAUUAUUUUUUAUGGAAUACGUAAUUAAUGUAAUGAGUUUUAUUGGAUUUAAUGGAGGGAUUAUUGAGCUUUUGCCUGUCACUCAUUGAUUUUAGGUGUUUUAUCGCUUCAGGAUUCAUUCUCUUUCCGCUUUAUUUCAUGUUUCGAUUUAUUUUCGUAGGGAUUAGGGAUUUUUUCUCGUCGAGAUGUGGUAUGCGACAAUCAUCCAUUAUGUGGAAACUAUUACGUGUUGAAAUCAUGGCUUUUUGAGAGGUUUAAGGGGUUCUAUUUGGAUUUGACGCUUGUUAUUAUUUAUCCGAGGGCCACGGAAAUUCGUUGAUUAUUGCAAUAUCAAUUGAAUUCCAUCUGACAUAUCGGACUGUCGAUUGAAUUUUAGACGAAUAGAUUGGCGUGAAGAAUCUCUCUAGAUCGUAAUCAAUUCGAAACAUCGAUGGAAUCAUGAAAUCCGCUGAUAUGUGAUUCGUGAAAAAAAAAAAUGCACAAACGUGUUCUAUAAUUUAUCAAUAAACUCCACGGUGACUUGCGUACUUGAACUAAUCGAUUGGGAGAACUCGGGAGGCUAUUUAAUCGAUGAAAAAUAAUUUAAUCACGUGGUACCAAUCUGUCACUUCUGCUCAUCUAACGAUCGUGUAAUGGAAAAAAAAAUCUAUCAUUUGGGAGGAAUUAUUAAUCGUAAUACGACUCGGUGCCAAUUAUGAAUUAAUGUUUAAACUAGGUUUAGGGGGUGGGGAGAUGCGAUGGCAAUUCUAGGUAAAUUAUCCUGAGAUUAAAGUGGAGCCUCUGGAAGCCAGGAACUGGUAAAUUGUGAAAUUUCGCUUUUUUCCUUUAACGAUUACACAUCUCUUCGAUUACGAGGUGUUUCAUUAAAACACUGAUGUUAGAGAUUAGCCCAUAGGUACAAUGAAUUUUACCAUUAGUUGGAAUCAUGAUGUUUUUUCAUUGGAGAAGAAAGUAACGAGAGAAAAUGAAAUUUAUCUAAUUAGGGGCGAUAUUUCACUGAGAUGCGAUUUGAGGAAAAAAUAGUUUAAGUAUAUGAUAGAGAUAAUAUAUUCCCACGUUUUCAUCGACUCCUUUUGAAAAUAAUUACAAAACUAUUUUUCAUUGUUGUGUGGUUUUAAAUAUUGAGAAAAAUGCUUGAUCCACAUUUAUUAUUUCAUUAAGUUUUACUGUAUUUAUAACAUAACGCUCAUUUUAUUUACAGUUUAUCCGUUUAUUAUACUUUAUCCCUGUUUUCACCAGAUAAAUUUUUGUGAAAAAAAAAAGACAACAAUACGAAGAUUAAUGUAUCGUCCAUUGACACAUGUUUUUUCAUAUGAAACGAUGGCAUUGCCGAAAUAAAUAAUGGGAUUGGAAGACUUGAAUCUGAAUAAAUGAUGUUUUUUUUUCUCUGGAGAGCCCGAUUUAUGUCAAAAAGUUUAUUAUAAAAUAUUAAGUACAUACGAUUUAACACUACAUACUCAAACAGGUGUAACGUCAAGCUCGAUUUGUGAUUCUCGAAUUAUUACUUUUUUUCUUCAUUCGUCGAUUGA